ACCACGUGAUUAACAUAUAAACAUUUGAUUAUAUAUGGUGGUAUAUGGGAUCUACCUAAGCACACAUAAACAAAACGCUGAAAAGAGAUAAAAGAAACAAGAAUGGAAGUAGCCCAAAUACUGCACAUGAAUGGAGGUGUUGGAGAUGCAAGCUAUGCAAACAACUCCUUAUUUCAGCGGAAAGUGAUUUCUUUGACAAAGUCCAUUAGAGAUGAAGCCAUAAUAAGUCUCUAUCGCAAUACACUCUCUAGAAGCUUGAGGAUUGCAGAUUUGGGUUGCUCUUCUGGACCAAAUGCUUUGUUGGCGGUGUCAGAAAUUAUCAUUGCCGUGGAAAUGUUUUGUCGGAAAUUUAAUCAUAAAUCUCCCGAAUACAAUGUAUUUUUGAACGAUUUACCCGGAAACGAUUUCAAUAAUUUAUUUAAGUCCCUCGAAAGUUUCAAAGCUAAGCUAUGUGAUGAAUUUGAAACUGAAAUGGGUUUAUCCUACUUUUAUGGAGUUCCAGGUUCUUUUUAUGGCAAGAUAUUUUCUAAUCAAAGCAUGCAUUUUGUUCAUUCCUCUUGUAGCCUUCAUUGGUUAUCUAAGGUCCCAAACGGUGUAGACAAUAAUAAGAGCAACAUUUACAUAGCUAGCACAAGCCCAUCAAAUGUCUAUAGGGCUUACUACAAACAAUUUCAGAGAGAUUUCUCUAUUUUUCUUAAUUGUCGUGCAGAGGAACUAGUUGAAGGAGGUCGUAUGGUUCUAACACUAUUAGGAAGAAAAAGCGAUGAUCCAUCUAGCAAAGAGUGUUGUUAUAUUUUAGAACUUCUAGCUAUGGUUCUUAAUGAUAUGGUUUUGCAGGGAAUUAUAAAUGAAGAUCAACUAAAUACUUUCAACGUCCCUUGGUAUACUCCAUCUCCAUCAGAAGUGAAAUCGCAAGUUCUUCAUGAAGGAUCAUUUUCCAUUGAUCGAUUGGAGGUGUUUGAAGUGUAUUGGAAUGGUUUUAAUUUGAAUGCUAUUGAAUUUGAAAUGUGUAAAUCAGUCAAAGAUGAUGGAUACAUUGUUGCACAAAGUAUGAGGGCUUUGUUGGAACCAUUGCUAGUUAGCCACUUUGGUGAAGCCAUUAUCGAAGAGGUUUUUAAUCGCUACCAAGAAAUCUUAAUUGAUCGAAUGUCGAAGGAUAUAUCAAAGUUCAUCUAUGUUACUUUAUCAUUGACUAGAAAACCAUAAGCAAGUACAAUUUGCAUUUUGGGUUUGUAAUUGUGGUUUCUUACAAAAUAUUUUUCAAAGUUGUCAUGGGGAUGAUUUGUUUUAUGUGUGUGGUUAGUAAUGUAAGAAGUUGCUGAGAUGGGGAUAAUUUUGGGUUCUGUAAUAUUUCCAUUUCCAUCAAGGACAAUUCUAUUCAUCCAUAGCUGAAUACUGUUAAAUAGUUUAUGGUAAGGGAUUCAACCUCUAUUUCCCAUAUUAAUAUAAAUAUUUUUCACUC